AUGCUCGAAGUGGAACAUACAGAAUUCCGUUUCGGACUUCCUGCAAAUGACGAUGACUGCUUGACUCCAGGUGAUGGAGAGCAACGUGAGGCACCACAGCCACAAACUCUUUGGGACGCUCUUUUCACGGAUGAGAAAUCCAUGCAAAUGGAACGAUUCUACAAAAAACAUUAUGGAGGUGUCCAUGCAAAUGCGACCAAGGCGUUGAUGGAAUACGAAGCGAAGCGAUCGAAAAAAGAAGAAAAGUCACAAAAGCUCUCCGUAACUUCUACUGCUUUUUCCACUUCUAAAUCCCUCUAA